AUGCCUUCAUUUAAAGGUUUGGCCAUCACUUUCAUUGUCCUAUCUCUAUUCACAAACCCCACUUUCUCAAUCUCAAACCAAAUUUCCAAUCCCACGGUUGCCGGAAACUCACUCUUAGCUGACGCCCACUUCGCCGGCGAUCAACACUCCGUACAACUCAACCGCCCAAACCCAUCAAGCUACGGCAUCAUAUUACACAACCCACCUUUCAAUUUCACUUAUGCGACGUCGUUUUCAUCAAAUUUCACCUUCAAGAUCGGAAAUGGCAUUGCCCUGGUAAUUAUCCCAUCUGGGUUUCCUUCUAAUUUCGAAAAGUUUAAAUCUUUUGAGGUUUUAGAUGUUAAUCGGAUAAUGGUUGUUGAGUUUCGUGUCAAUGUGUGUAAUAUUUCGUUUCCUGGGGUUGAUAAUGUUUCAAAGAGUGAUAAUGUGUUAAAGGAUGGAGUAAAGUUAACUGCUUGGAUUAGUUACCGUGCGGUCUUUAGACGGUUAGAUGUUAUGGUAGGUAAGUUUGAUGAUGAUAAGCCUGUUAAGCCCUUGGUUUCGUAUCGAGUUAAUUUAGGGAAAAAGUUGAAUGGGAAAGAGGUUUUGUUUGGUUUGGUGUCGGGUAAUGGGAAUAAUGAGAAGGCUAGUGUGACGAAUGUAUAUUCGUGGACUAGUGAGGUUGAAGGUGUUCCGAAAUGGAUGCAUUCUAUACCAAUUAUACCAAAAGAGUAUGUGAAGAAGAAUAAGGAGGGUUGUUUUCUUUCGGGGUUUGUGUUUGCGACUGGUUGUGGUGCAUUGGCUGCUUUGGUUUUACUCUUUGUGUGGUCAUAUGUUGCUGAUAGGAAGAAAGUUGAAGGGGAUUGUGAGGAGUGUGUGCGACAGGUUGAGUUUAAGUAUGAAAAGAUUGGUGUGGUUGAAGGGAAGAACUCUGGAACUGGUAUGAAGAAGUAG